UUUUCAAUCCCUGCAGUAGUUCCCCGUGCUUGAACAAUGGUUUGUGCUACACGACUGGGGCUGGCUUUGCCUGCGCCUGUGCUGGUGGAUGGUCAGGCUCCAACUGCCAAAUUGAACCGGAUCCUUGCCGAAGUGCCCCCUGUCAGAACUUUGGUUUCUGCUUCACCAGCGUUGUUGGCGCAGACUACCAGUAUGUAUGCUUCUGCACACAGGACUUCAGGGGAACCAACUGUGAGCUACCAGCAUUGGCAAGGCCAUGCUCCAGCGAUCCUUGCGUGAAUGGAGAUUCGACCGACCCGUGUCUGACGAACCCUUGUAUCAACGGAGGAUUCUGUUCAGUCAUUACAAACACCCAGGCUUACAUCUGCACGUGCCCCACUGGCUACAGCGGCAACAACUGCCAAAUUGAUCUUGCCAACCCAUGUGGUAGCAACCCUUGUCUCAACGGUGGUACCUGUUUUCCCAUCGACCAGCGAUUACGCCUUUACCCUUGUCAGAACGGUGGUCGGUGUCUAACCGACACAGUCACCGAGUACGUGUGUCAGUGUACGGCAGGAUAUGGCGGCAUCAACUGCCAAACAGUUUCAGACCCGUGUUUCAGCAACCCUUGCCUGAAUCAGCUGAAUGCCUCAACCUGGGCAGUGCCUAUCACUGUAGCUGCCUGCAAGGUUUCUCCGGCGACAACUGCCAAUUUGUUUCUAUUCCAGCUGACCCGUGUCUCAGCCAGCCGUGCCACAACAAUGGUUUUUGGUCAGGUGUACGAUCUGAACAGGGAGUACCGAUGCUUCUGCAAUCAGAAUUACGCUGGAACGCACUGCGAAAUAAGUCUUGUCCCUCAAAUCCCUGCGACAGUUCCCCGUGCCAGAAUGGUGGAGUCUGUUUCCGUAGCAGCGUUCAAGAGAGCUACGUUUGUUCCUCGCCUGCCCCUCCAGAUCCAUGUGAACCCUCCCCCUGCCAGAAUGGAGGAGUCUGUUACCCACAAGGCAGUGCUGGCCAUCUAUGCGAUUGUCCGACAACUACGUUGGUACCACUGUGAAACUUUGACGGACCCCUGCGGCAGCAACCCUUGUUUGUUUGGUGGUGUUUGCACUUCUAGUUCCUCCAGUGAGUUCGUCUGUGCCUGCUUGGCGGGCUACACCGGACCGAUCUGUCAGACUGAGCUUGAUCCGUGUUUGAGUAACCCUUGCGGCGUCGCUGGUACCUGUUGUUAA